AUGUCAUUUGAAUUAUUGGAAUAUAACACACCUAAAGGAACUCGUAAAUGGGAAUGUAUUUCAAGAAAAUCAAAGAAGUUAUCAGGAUUAGACGUUGAUGCUGUAGAAUUAGUCCCCAUAAUUUAUUAUCCAGUUAGUAAGAAACCAACUUCAUUAGUUUUUAUUAGAGAGUUUAGAGUACCAGUUAAUACUAUGGUGUGGCAACUUGCUGCUGGAUUAAUUGAUCCAAAUGAAACUGUUGAGUCUUCAGCAAAAAGAGAAUUAAAAGAAGAGACAGGAUAUGUUGCUGAAAAAGUGUUGAAAGUUAGUAAAAGAGUUGCAGCUGCACCAGCUGAAAGUGAUACAUAUGUUCAAUAUGUUUCAUUGUUAAUUAAUGGUGAUGCUCCUGAGAAUCAAAAUCCAGAACAAGAGCUUGAAUUAUCAGAAGACAUUACAGUUCAUAUUGUUCCAUUAAAAGAAGUUGAGGAUUUCUUAAGUAAAAGAUCUGAAGCAGGAGAAACUGUUGAAGCUCGUUUAUUCUGUUUUGCAUGUAGUGUUUUUAUUAGAGAGUUUAGAGUACCAGUUAAUACUAUGGUGUGGCAACUUGCUGCUGGAUUAAUUGAUCCAAAUGAAACUGUUGAGUCUUCAGCAAAAAGAGAAUUAAAAGAAGAGACAGGAUAUGUUGCUGAAAAAGUGUUGAAAGUUAGUAAAAGAGUUGCAGCUGCACCAGCUGAAAGUGAUACAUAUGUUCAAUAUGUUUCAUUGUUAAUUAAUGGUGAUGCUCCUGAGAAUCAAAAUCCAGAACAAGAGCUUGAAUUAUCAGAAGACAUUACAGUUCAUAUUGUUCCAUUAAAAGAAGUUGAGGAUUUCUUAAGUAAAAGAUCUGAAGCAGGAGAAACUGUUGAAGCUCGUUUAUUCUGUUUUGCAUGUAGUGGUUAUAUUAUGAAUUACAAUGAAUAA